GUCAGCUUCUAGGAAGUAGCUGCUGUGUGCCAGGCUCUAUGCUGAGCACUCAGGGUGGGAGAAACCCCACCCCCCAAAAAUCUCUGCCCUCAAGGAGCUUACAGUCUAGUGUGGGAGAUGAGCAUGCAAAGCACCGUGGAUGCGUGUGCCCGCGGACGAGCUGCUCGAAGUCUCCCAGAAGCUGCUGGGCCGGCACCUGUUUGACCGACUGAUGAAGAUGACCUUCUAUGGGCAGUUUGUGGCUGGCGAGGACCAGGAGGCCAUCAAGCCUCUGAUCCGGCACAACCAGGCCUUUGGGGUUGGCUCCAUCCUGGAUUAUAGCGUCGAGGAGGACAUCAGCCAAGAGGAGGCCGAGGAAAAGGAGAUGGACUCCUGCACGGCGGAUGCAGAGAGAGAUGGCAGUGGAGCCAGUAAGAGAGAGAAGCAGUUCCGGGUCCAUCGGGGCUUUGGGGACCGGAGAGAUGGCGUCACCAGCGCCCGCACCUACUUCUAUGCCAACGAGGCCAAGUGUGACCAUCACAUGGAGAACUUCCUGCGCUGUAUCGAUGCUUCUGGCAGCGCCAGCGACGACGGCUUCUGCGCCAUCAAGCUCACCGCGCUGGGUCGGCCCCAGUUCUUGCUGCAGUUCUCUGAGGUGCUGACCAAGUGGAGGCGGUUCUUCCACCAGAUCGCCAUCCAGCAGGGCCAGGCCGGGCUUCCGGCCAUGGGGACCAAGCUGCAGGUGUCCGAGGUGCAGAAGAGCCUGGAGAGCAUGGGCAUCACCACCAAGUGCGAUAUCCAGAGCUGGUUCACAGGGGAGAUGCUGGGGGUGUCCGGCACCGUGGACUUGCUGGACUGGAACAGCCUCAUCGACAGCAGGACCCAGCUGUCCAGACUCCUCCUCGUGCCCAACGUGCAGACUGGCCAGCUGGAGCCCCUCCUGUCUCACUUCACAGAGGAGGAAGACCUUCAGAUGAAGAGGAUGCUGCAGAGGAUAGAUGUCUUAGCCAAGAAGGCCCUGGAGGUCGGGGUGUGCCUGAUGGUGGACGCAGAGCAGACAUACUUCCAGCCAGCCAUCAGCCGUCUCACCCUGGAGAUGCAGCGCAAAUUUAACACUCAGAAGCCAGUGAUCUUCAAUACGUACCAGUGCUACUUGAAGGACGCCUAUGACAACGUGUCGCUAGAUGUGGAAUUGGCCCGUCGGGAAGGCUGGUGUUUCGGUGCCAAGCUGGUGAGGGGGGCCUACAUGACACAGGAGCGUGAGCGGGCAGCAGAAGUGGGUUAUGAGGACCCCAUCAACCCAACCUACAAGGCCACCAAUGAGAUGUACCACAGGUGCCUCAGCCACAUCUUGGAAGAGAUCAAGCUCAACAGCCGGGCGAGCGUGAUGGUGGCUUCUCACAAUGAGGACUCAGUCAGGUUCACCAUUCAGAGGAUGGAAGAGCUCGGCCUGCAUCCCGCAGAGAAGAAGGUAUACUUUGGUCAGCUCCUGGGCAUGUGUGAUCAGAUCUCCUUCCCCUUGGGUCAAGCUGGCUUCCCGGUCUACAAAUACGUCCCGUUCGGCCCCGUGAAGGACGUGCUGCCGUACCUGUGCCGCCGAGCCCUGGAGAACCGCGGGAUAAUGAAGGGGGCGCAGCGCGAGCGGCAGCUGCUGAGGAAGGAGCUCAAGCGGAGGGUGCUCUGCGGCCAGUUCCUCUACCGCCCCGUGGCCUGAGGCCGGGCUGGACCGUGGCCGGCGCCCCUCCCCCUCCCCCCAGCCAUCAGGCAGUCACUCAACAAUCAUUAGUUAAGCCGUACUGUGUGCCAGCCCUCGGGGGGCUCCCAGUCUAAAGAAGAAGUCAACAUGAAAGUACCUGGGUGCAGAUGAGACAUCGUCCAAGCGUUUCCUGAGCCCCAGGUGCCAGGCCCUGGGCCCCGGGCUCCCUGCCCUCCCGGAGCCUACACUCUAAGGGGGAGGCCUGGAGAUGACUGGGUCUGUCCUGGGCAGAGGAGGGUGAGGCCAGGAGGCAGGGGCGGGGCUGGGGCGAGGCCAG